AUGUUCGGCAACUCCUCUGAGCAUACUACUGAGUCGGCCAAGUUUCAUAGGAUACCCACAGCGGUUUGGGUGGGACUGGCUGAUGGCAGUCGCUGUAGCAUCACGGAGAUGAUUGCGGUUGUCGUGACCGUGAGAAAGCCUUUGGAGGCGUCGCUCGGUCCAGUCAACGUCUCUGUCCUGCCAAACCAUGAGCGAAACAGCGAGACAUGUAUGCUGAUUGGACGCGACCUCGGAGCAGCCUUGGGCCUCUGCUUGGACCUGGGUGCAGGUGUUGUUCGCAGCGCUGAGAAAUCAGCCGACGAACCUAUCGUGGACAACUCCGAUUUCGUUCGGUAUGUUGAUCAACUCAGUGCCACUACUGCUGCCCAGCCCAGACUUGUCGAUGCAUGCACGACGGAAUAUCUAACGCCAUCCUUGCCUGAAGAUCUAUCCAAGAAGGUCAAGGCCUUGAUAAACCGUUCGGUCGCGGAGGGCUUUUUCCAAGAGCCAACCUUGCCAGGGUAUCGACUUGCUUUUCGUAACCUCAGUAAAGAGGACAAACCGGACUGUGUCGAACAGGUGGCGGCCCUCUUCGUAGAUCUCCCGGAUACUCCAAUAGCCACUGCCAAAAGCCGUCUAUAUGCACUGCAUGCCUACAAGAAGCUCGCAGAGGGCCAGAAAUCAGUGUACAGCAAGCUCAUCGAGGCAUACGUGGCGAGAGGUUUCUGGCGGCCUGUGUCCGGUGACGAGGUCACUUCAACUAGGAUCACUUUGCCGCCGUGUCCAUGCUUCGUCACGAACUGGGAACGAAAGCCUAGGGUGGUGCUGGACUGUAGACCGGUUAACCAAGCUUUAGGCAAAGUUUCAAGUCCACGGGUCAUCCCCUGGACUCUGAUCCUCGCGAUGCGUUUGCAGGGAGAUGUUGUGCUGCUACAAGGCGACUGCGAGGCCGCAUUUUACAAAUGCAGGCUCUUGCGUCAUACUGUGUUGAUUCAGGCGGCUACUGGUCUCUUUGAGUGUCUGAGAGUGAGCUUUGGCCUCCAUUUCGGCCCUGGGUCUUUGACGACAGGGAUUCACCGGAUUGAGACUAGCAUCCGCAACGUGCUGACUGAGCUGUGGCCCUUAGUCAACAUGGUGAUCCGGUGGUAUGUGGACGACCUCGUCAUGUCGGCAGACGAUGUGGCGAUAGCAGUCGCAGGGUUUGCUAUGGUCAUCUAUGCUCUACUGCUCCUCGGUUUCAGCGCACAGAUGGCGAAGGUGGCCGCCCUGGUCCAUUCCUCAGUGGUCAACCAGUUCAAGGAGGCGUGUCGUCAAUACGGCGUUCAGCUUCCGGUGAAGGAGCGGGUUGAGAUUCUUGGCCUCACAGCUUCCUUCGACGACAACCACCUAGUUCUCGACUGCAAUCGACAGUCUCGGUGGUCUGUAGUUGAGGCAUUUCUCGAGUGUCGCUCACCGACAAAACGUCUGGCCUUCCAAGCGGCUGGCGCGGCUGCGUAUGAUGUGGGACAAAUCCAUCCGAUCGAGCGCCUGGUCUCGGAUUGCCUUCGAGCCAUAGUGGGACGAGCCUUUAGUCAUCUAGCUUGGGGUACGGAGUACGACAUCGGCAAGCUGUCCGACCAUUUGAGAGAAGCGUACUGUGCCAUACUUGACUGGCUGAGGGAGCUCACUCCCGCUGAUAAAUGUAUGCACCGGUCGCUACUGAGAUCCUGCAAGAGCGAACCGGUGAGGUUGAUCCUAGAGACUGAUGCCAGCUUGACCGGAGGUGGCUUCUCGCUGUGGGUAGGCUCGGAUAGUGCUCAAGUCGGCGACUGUGGUACAUUCGAAUUGGGUAGUGCGGCAUGGCGGUGGACUGCGAGAUCCAGCUGUUGGCACAGUAACAGAAGGGAGCUGGCGGCCCUGUGGCGUGGCAUCCUCUUCACCAGCACAUUACUCACAGCCUGGAUUUCCUCGCAGUCAAGUCCCGAUCGAGCCGUUCUGGUUAUACGGACGGACAACGCCGCUUGUGCUCGGUGGGCCAACGACGUCAAGGUAUCUCGUGCACUGGAAGCACGGGCACUGCAGAGACUGGCGGCAGCAAUUCGGGCUGAGAUCGUGCUGAUCAAAGCCCAUGGGGUAGAAGUCAGUAUGCGGCAUCUCCCCGGAGUCUUAAACGUACGAGCCGACAGGCUUUCGAGAGCUCUGGAGCGUAAGACCAGGGGUGGGUCUCAGCUAGGGCGGCUCAUGCAAGACCAUCUCGACCCACCGGUGCGAGUCGCUCAGGAACUGGACGAUUUUGUCUGCCGUCUGGGUGAGCUGCCAGUUGCCAAGAGGGUCGACGUCCCCCAGUUUGAGCCUAUCGGUCAGCCUUUCGACCGAGUCUGUCAGUUACAGGAAUGUGAUACCCCGGUCGAGACACAUUCCGUUGGCCUGGCCGACACCGUGGCUUCUCGGAGCUGGGAUGUCGACUGCGCUCUGCAUGGAUGGAAGACGCUCCGCUUUGCCUUUCAGGCGUGGUCGGGAUCAGUGGCUAUACCGUUGGAUUAUCCCACGGCCUACAGUGACGAGGAUGUCUGGUCUUUCAUACGAUCCUUACAGCGGUCAUCGCGUGCCGCGGUAGUGGAUGAUGCGGAGAACCGGAAGCUACCUACCAAAUUCCAUGUCGAUAAGGAUGGCACACUUUUCUACAAGUGCGCGGGCGCGGAUGGCAAGCUGUUCCUCGCCUUUUACGUGCCCAGUGAUUGUAACUUUACACGCCGGCUACUGGCGCGGGUCUACCAUAAGGCCGGCGCACACUGCAGUGCCCAGGCGACCGUUGAACGUGCUAUUGAGGCGGGGUUUUUUACUCCCAGGCUCCGACAAGUGGUCACCAACGAGAUGGCGACAUGUGUGAGAUGCCAGGUCUUGAGCAGUAGGCGCGAAUGGGCGGUCACUCCCGGCCAAGCGGGGGGAGGCCCGGGAUUCGACCUGUACAGGCUGGCCCUCGAAACCCCCGAGCCCUACCUCUGGGUUGGCAUCGACGUCCUAUCCCUUGGGCCCUUCAAGUGCCUGACGUGCGUUUGCCUCCUUACGAAACACGCCUGCUGGAUCGCGCUGGGUGGCGGCCAGACGGCUGAAGAACUGCUUGAGGCGACUGAGAGGGUCGCUCGCCGGCAAGGCGGUUGCAGGUUCCGGUACAUAGUGUGUGAUGGAGCGGUAGGGAGCAGGACCUACACCAUGGAGGUAGGGAGACGGCUGAAUGCGCAAGUCGUGUUGCAGGACCCAAGAGCCCCUUGGGCCGGCGGGUUCGAAACUCAUCACCGGAUCGGGCUCAAAGCAGCACGAGUCUUGUUUCACGGCUACAGUAGGAACUGUGACUGGGGAAACUCGGUUGUUGCCCAGGACUUCUGCGACGAGGUGUGCAGUAUCAUCAACUCGCGUCCUUUGACUAGCGGCGACGUCACCCAGGACGCUCGGGUAGUCGCACUCACCCCGAACUCUUUGCGAUUCGGCUAUUCAUUGAGAGGUCACCAAGGAGUGGGGUUGAUCACCCCGGAUCUUGCAGGGAGUUCUGAGGCGAUGGAUGAUGCUGAGAAGUCUGCUUUCGUCGGCCGUCGCGCACAUCUAAUGAGAUCAUUCGUCAACCAUUACCUUCCGGCCCGUCGUCGAGCAGUCUUCGAAACGUUAAGCGGGGGUAGCCGCCCUACGCAACCCUUCCGAGUGGGUGACUCGGUCAUCAUUCAUCAGCCGUCGCGGAAGCAGGACGCAUGCUGGCGAACCGGAUGGGUUGUCAGCUGCCUAUCUACGCACAGAUACAGAGUAUUGCACUCGUCACCACGGGCUGGAGCAGAGAGGAUCACCAUCGAGAAUCACUACAACCUGCACCCGUUGAAGCUUGCUUGUGAAGUGCACGCAGGUCCCACGCUGGUCGGUGCUAGACUUAGAGUCCUGCUGUCACACGCCGAUGGCUUCCGGGAUUAUCAUUGGGGUACCAUCUUGGUUGAUCGAAGCGAAGAUGAUCGUGUACUCAUCGUGUGGGACGUUGCAGAUGAAGGUGUGUCCGCCCGUGAAUGGCUAGCUCUCUCUCAAGAGACUUGGGACUACGGGGAGGGGCAUGUCACGCCUGAUGACCAGCCGUGA